GGAUUACCCUUAUUAAUUCAGUGCUAUCCAGUCUUCCUGUGUUCUGGAUGUCGGUGUAUCUCAUCCCAAAAGGUACGAUUCUUUCACUUGAUAAAAUUCGUAGAGGUUUUUUAUGGGGUGGGGCUGCAGGAGAAAAGAAAAUAAAUUGGGUGAAGUGGGAACAGGUUUGCAAAGGUAAAAAACAGGGUGGUUUGGGGGUUAAGGAUUUGAGAAAAUUUAAUAUAGCCCUAUUAGGAAAAUGGUGGGGGAGGAUAGUCAUGGAAGAUAAAGGGCUCUGGAAAAAGGUUAUUGCGGAGAAGUAUGGUCGGGUAGGGGAACCAAGCUUCAAUUGGUUGAGGGAGAACAUGAAUUUCGGCUCAUCUUGGUGGAGGGAUUUAAGUAGAUUGAAUGAUAUUGAUCAAGAGAAGAAAGGAUGGUUAGUGGAUGGGCUGGAAUUAAAACUAGGGGAAGGGGUAGACAUUAGUUUCUGGUGGGACAAGUGGAGUGGGGAUGGGUGUUUAGCUAACAAAUAUCCUAGACUUUACUUGUUAUCUACAGGAAAGGACUAUAAGAUCUCACAAAUGGGAGGUUGGCACAAUGACAUUUGGAAGUGGAGUCUACAAUGGAGAAGGUCCUUAUUUAGCUGGGAAGAACAUCAGGAACUGGAGCUCUUAAAGGAGAUUAACGAGAAAACAAUUGCAAGAGGGAGACCAGAUCAAAGGAUAUGGAUUUACAGUAAAGAUGGUUGUUAUACAACCAAAUCAGCAUACCAGAUACUUGCAGCAGAACACAGAAACAGCCAGCAGAGGUUGGCUCUACAAAAAGUAUGGAAUCCACUUAUACCGAGUAAAAUCUCAGCAUUCUCUUGGCAAUUGCUACAAGGUAAAAUUCCAACCAAGGAUAAUCUGAUGAAGAGAGGCGUGAUUCAAGACCCAGGCGAGUGCAGAUGUGAAUUAUGUGGUGCAGGGGAGGAGAAUUCCAGCCACCUUUUUGUUCAGUGUAAAGUGGCACGUGAUCUAUGGACAGCUUGCUACAAAUGGUGGGGAAUUAAAACAGUAACUGAUAGAGAUUGCUGGAGAUUUUUUGAACAACAUUCCAGUAUGCUGGAAACAGUGGGGGUGAAGCAAGGAUGGGAAUGUAUAUGGUUUGUAGUGAUAUGGACAAUUUGGUUGGCUAGGAAUGAAAAAUUGUUUAGGGGGAAGGAGGUGGAUAGUGGAAGGUUAUUUGAACUGGUCCAAAUCAGGGCCUUUAGCUGGAUUAAGGGCAAAAGGAGAGGCUGCUUUUUCUCCAUAGCUGAUUGGAUCCAGAAUCCUGCAAAUUGUUUGAGCAUUAAUCGCAACAGUAGAAGGUAUCUCAAGAGAAAGCCACCUGAAAUGGAGAUGGAGCUGUGAGUGAAGGAGGCGAAGGAGAUCAAGAUUAUGUAAUCUGAUUGGUUAAUUAUAUUACUACUUGGUUGAAAAAUCACUGUUGGAUUAAGAAGGCUUCUUUGAGCAAUUUUUGACUGCAGAUUAUGUGCCUGAAGCAAUAAUGGUCUUUGGGAUUCUAAUUGGUAGUCAAGGCAUGCUCAGUGAAGGUGAGUGAUAGUGGGGUGAUAGCUGGAAUGGUUUUCAUGAUCAGUAUAGUGAUUGAUAAAGUUUUUGCAUCAGAAGGUAGAAAGUUUGACACGGGUACAGUGCCGACACACUGGAUCUGGUGUCGACACUAUAUUGCAUGCACAGAAAUUUCCGACACGGACGUGGUGUUGGCACAUAUUGCAGGGGUCGACACCAUACGGAAGGGUUGGAAAUUGUAUGUCUUUCACAUUGUCAAGUUUAUGGGUUGGGGUACCCCUUGUACUCCAUUUAUUAAUAAAUAAAUAAUAUUUUU